UCCACAUCACACCCUAACUCUCCCAAGUUGCAGUUUUAAAACGAAGUUACCAGACUUCCAGUUACAUGUGCAUUAUCUGCCUUCUCCUGACUCCUUUAACCCACAAGCUCCUUCCAAAUGGAAAAUCUUUCAGUUCGAAAUCACAGAGAUUUAAAUGCGGAAGGGACAAAUUCCUCAUUUUACAGAUAAGAAAACAAGAGACCUAAAAGGUCCUGGUGCUUUUUCUACUAUGGAUUCUAUCAAUCUAACCAAGUAUUUCAUCCAGGGAGUGAGGUUAGGUUGCAGGGAAAAAAAACAUCCAGAACUUGUGAAUUGUAAGCCCAAACAGAAAACGGCAUUCCUUUAAAGUUUAGAGUGUUAAUUAAUACACUGUCAUAAGGAGAAAAGUAGAGGCCACCGUGCGACUCGAAGGUGGUCACCACCGCUCUCUCUUUGUGCUUUUUAGUUCCUCAAUGCGAUUUCACGUAAGUGUGGACGAGCAAUUCCUCAAUACCCAACAUGCAUCUUAAGUGUGUGGAGGAGUCCGAGCCGAAAGGACAGACGCCGUGUAGGUGAAGGAGAGCCUGAGCCUCCCGCAGCGAAAGGAGGACGCGUGGGCGAAGCCGACGUGGCAGCAGAGGUGCGAGCUGCAGACCAGGUACCUCUGCAUCAGUCAGAUUGGAUAUAUGUGGAGAGAAAUCAGUACAUCUGGAUCAUCAGGUUGUGCUUUUAAGAAGACUAUAGGGAAGAACGAUUUUCUUCUUGCCACAAAAGUUGCAAUAGAAGAUCUGUGAAGGCUUGAAAAGGCCCAUGAGUCUUCUCAUCAUUGAGGCGUUCUAUGGAGGGUCCCAUAAACAGCUGGUGGAUCUGCUCAAAGAAGAGUUAGAAGACUGCGUCCUUUAUACCCUUCCUGCAAAGAAAUGGCAUUGGAGAGCGCGGACAUCAGCUUUAUACUUCUCCCAGAAUAUCCCCAGCAGCGAACGGUACAGGAUCCUCUUUGCAAGCUCAGUGCUGAACCUGACCGAACUGGCUGCCCUUCGGCCUGACCUUGGAAAAUUGAAAAAGAUUCUGUACUUCCAUGAGAACCAAUUGGUAUAUCCUGUCAAGAAAUGUCAAGAGAGGGAUUUCCAAUAUGGUUACAACCAAAUUCUCUCAUGCCUGGUGGCUGACGUGGUGGUAUUCAACUCGAUUUUUAACAUGGAGUCAUUUCUCACCUCUAUUGGAAAAUUUAUGAAGCUGAUUCCUGAUCACAGACCCAAGGAUCUGGAAAGCAUCAUCAGACCUAAGUGCCAAGUUAUUUACUUUCCCAUCAGGUUUCCUGAUGUGAGCAGAUUCAUGCCCAAGCACAAAACAAUCCAUUUACAGAAGAUUCUCGGCCUUAAAGGAAGUGGUGGCACUGCUCCAUCCGCGGCCCUUCCUUUCCAACACGAGCAGAAAGGUUCUGAGAAUUUAUUGAAGAAUUUUAAUUCAGAGUCUGGACCUUGCAAUGCUGCACAACAAGAAAACCCGGGUAGCUCAUUAACACAGGAGUCAGCCUUGAGAACGUGCAACUCAUCAGAUAAUUCAAGCUCUCACCUGAAGGAAAAUAAACAAAAUACGACUUUUCAUCCCUGUGACAUUUUGGGUGGAACCGAUGAUCCGCAGAGACCACUGCACAUCGUGUGGCCUCACAGGUGGGAGCAUGAUAAAGAUCCGGAGAGUUUUUUUAAGGUAUUAAUGCACCUUAAGGAUUUAGGACUCAAUUUCCACGUGUCUGUCCUUGGAGAAACCUUCACAGAUGUCCCAGAUGUAUUUUCAGAGUCCAAAAAGGCAUUGGGAUCGUCUGUCAUACACUGGGGCUACUUACCCAGCAAAGAUGACUAUUUCCAAGUACUGUGCAUGGCCGAUGUUGUCAUCUCAACAGCUAAGCAUGAAUUCUUUGGAGUGGCAAUGCUGGAAGCUGUCUAUUGUGGUUGUUACCCACUUUGUCCCAAAGAUUUGGUUUAUCCCGAAAUAUUUCCAGCUGAAUAUCUGUAUUCUACACCUGAACAGCUUUCAAAAAGGCUCCAGAAUUUCUGCAAGAGACCAGAUAUUAUAAGAAAACAUCUUUAUAAGGGCGAAACGACUCCUUUCUCCUGGGCAGCUCUACAUGGGAAAUUCAGGUCUCUGCUUACAACAGAACCUAGGGAAGAUUUGUGACAGAUGGGGCUAAGUCACAAACUUGCAGCCUAAGGCGGAAUCUGUAGAACUUUCCAGAGUGUGCCCAUAUUUACCUGAUCAGAGAGAAAAGAAAAUCUGCAGAGGAAGCUGAGCCUGGCUGCUUGUCAUAGCUGACACAGAGCCAUCUGCCACAAACCUGUGGCGGCUUCAGAUCUCCCAUCCCUGCCACCACCCCAACUCAAAUUAAAUACAGAUUCCCAGAGACGUUAUGAUGGUUACACAUGUCCUCGGCAUCACAUGGAGGAGACUGUUCAAAAAAAAAAAAAUAUGUGGCCUGUUGUAUAACCGCACUCAUGUAUCCCAUAUGUGGUGCCACAUUGAAUUUCCGGUUGAAUCCGUUUUUAUCCUUUGUACUGGAUGACAUGGUGCCUGAAUUCUUUCUUUCUGCCGACGCGAUGGCAGCCAAACUGCAGCUUCAAAAGCUCGCGCUUGGCUGGGUUUCUGCCCAGGUUGCCAGGUUGUCGUGGAGCCUCCUGGUGUCCUCGCUGGGCCGGGGCAUGAGCGGGGGCCGGGGGGCUCGAGCACGGUCAUCCCAGCGAAGGGAUGAUGCUCCGGCACCAGGGGUCUGUAAGUGAGGGUCUUGAUAAGGGGUCCGGCAGGUAGUCCCAUGACUCACUGAGUCACACUGGCAUCUCACUGAUUUAAAGUUGCGAGAUAAACAGCUGUCAUUCGGACAAACAUGGGAAACACACUCGGUGUGGCCACCUCGCCCAGAAAAUGAACACUGAGAUACUUGCUUUAAUUUUUUAUUUUUAUUUUUUUCCUACCCCUCCACCCCCGGGGGUAAAAAAACCAGAGAAAUCAAAAUACCUCUACCAAAGCAAUGAUUUUGAUAUAAAGGUUCCCUCAAAAAUAUUUGCAUCCAGCUACAAAUAUAAUCUUUUCAAGAUAAAUCACUUGUGAUUCCAAUAGUCAAGCUGCCGUAUUUGUUGAUAUAAAGAUGUUUUUGGAACGGCUAGAUUGUAAAAUAAAUUUUUAAUAAAGUGCCUACUGCAAUUUUUAA